AUCAUCUGAAGAAAAGGAUGGCUGAGCCACACGAAAGAGAGUGUGCCGUGUGCACGAAUGACUUCACCACACCAAAGAUUCUACCCUGUGGUCAUCUCCUGUGUCGAGAAUGUGUCAUUUCCUGGAUGGAUUCCAAACCUGAUGCCGGGUGUCCGCUGUGUAGAUGUCCUAUAGUAGAGCAGUCAGAUGGAAGUUCGUCCGACACUGUUGACGCCCUGCCGACAGACUUUGUGAUGGAAGCGCUGGUGGAGAGCGCUCGUGUGCUGAGUAAAGAUCACCUUUGUUGUGUGUGUGAGGACGUCAGGGCGGACUUCAUCUGUAUGCAGUGUCAGGACAUGUUGUGUUCAGCGUGUCUAAAAGUUCAUAAAAAGCUUCCGAUGAGCCGCAGUCACGAUGUGGAGAGUGUCAGCACUGUGACACCUGAACGUCUGGCUGCCAGCCGCCCUGCACUGUGUGCUGACCACGGCGACAAACAGGCGAAGUACUUCUGCCACGAGCACCGCCUCGCUGUCUGCUCAGCUUGUAAGUCUAACAAACACAAAGUAUGUCCAGAAACAAACUAUCUUGACAAUGAAAUAGAGUUAGCUCAAAAAUCACUAAACGACUUGACAAAGAUUCUGGUAGAAGCGGAGCAGAAGCUAGAGCAGGCUAUAGGUCAGCUGACGUCACGUCUGCAGGAAGUUGAUGUCAGCGAACAAGAAGACAUGGCGGAGGUAGACAAGUCAUGUGACCGUCUUUACAAGCUUGUGGAAGAUUUGUGUAAGAAUUUGAAGGAAAACACUUGGACGUCACAUCUCAAAAUCAGGAAUUCGUUACGUGAUGUCAAGACUGACCUUAGCAACUGUCUAGGGAAGGUGACGUCACACAAACACAUUGUGACGAGAGCGGUGGCAGUGUCACCACGUCCUGCACUGAUACACAUGACACAGGAUCUGAAAGACAGGGUGAACAGCCUUGAGAUCAGCGCCGACUUGCAAAGACGGUUGUGGGUGAAGCCCUUGUCUAGUGCAGAGGGUUUUACAAACGUUGUGAGUCGGAUACAACAGGAGCUACUGAUGUUGGAGGAGCAGUGGACAGAGACAGAGGUAGACGCACAGCCACCAGUCCUUGUGUUCCACGACAACUGCGGAACCAACAUUCGUCUGUCGAACGGUAACAUGACCGCGGAGAAGAUAAAUAAACGUGCAUUCUUUAACGGGUUGAUCGUGUCACGUGACGCUAUGGUGCCGAACGUCUUGUAUGAGGUCAAAGUGAACGAAGUAACAGCAACAGAGAAUGCGUUAUCCGUAGGAGUGACCAGAAUGCCUCCUGAGCGCCUCAAUAUGACGAGUUCCUGCGUAAACCUAAAAGAUUCCAGCAUCGUCGGAGUCGAUUGGAUCAUCCACCAGAAAAUGAUUGUACCUAGCAAGAUAGGAGAACGUCUCAAGAAACUUCAAGUCAGGAGUCGAGUCGGGGUCCUGGUGGACUCCUCAAACGACCUUCACCUCUAUGUCGACGGACAGGACCAGGGGAUUGUAGCGAAACGUGUCCCACCGCCCUAUUUUCCUGUAUUUAGUUUGUACGAUGCAGUCACUAAGGUGACAGCCCUUCCUACAUGAAACAGAUCAUGAAGAAUGUAGGACAACAAGAGAAAGUAAAGCGUGAAUAUAGUUCCAGCCAUCAACAUGGCCAUUGAUACUACCAUUGACU